AUGUCACCGUCGCUCUACGAGAACAUCGUCACUAGGCUUGCGCAGAUGGAGCGUCUGGUAGAGGAGUUACAAGAACCGAAAGAGCCUAAGGAACCCAAGGAACCUAGGGCGCCCAAGAAGAAAGCAAAUGUUGCUAAGAAAGGUCCACAAGUCUUGACACCUGAAGAGUCCUCAUCCAACACGAACCCGCCUCAGCCGGCCCUCACCGCGUCGACAAUUUCAACUCAAGUCUCGCCAGCUUCGUAUCCACCAUCACCGGCUUCGAGCUCACCAAGAACUGCAAAGCCCUACUACGCAGGAGCAUCCGAGGGUACUGUCGGGACUGCCGGAUCGUGCUCGUUGUUCUCAGCCGAGGGCAUCGCCAAGAUCGACACCUUGGUUGGCGAUACUCGUUACUCAGAUGCAGUGCGUAAUCUUCUGCAACAAGUAAGGAGCUUCGCUCCGAAAAGAAGCCUCGACUUUUCUACUUCCCCGAGGGAUUACCCAUUCCCCCCAAAUGACAUUGUCAUAUUCUGCGUCAACGAGUACAUGCGGACACUCAACAACGGCAUAAGACUCCUACAGGAGUCUAAAGUUCGCGCAGCGGUGAAUGCUUACAUGUACGGCCAACCCUGUGAUGAGCCGGGAUGGGAGCUGGCCUUGAACGUCAUCAUCAUGCACGAAUUGCGGAGGCGCGACUGGAAUAACAACAACCCCGAGCACAAGCAUUAUCUCAACAACGCUCUCGCUCUAAUUCCGAAUGCCAUUCUACAGACGCCGAAUCCCAUGACUAUUGGGUCUCUUCUCUCCCUAGUCUACUAUUUCAUAUUCUCAGCCGAAAAUCACAUCGCUGUCUCAAUACUUGCCCUUGCAACUCAGUUCAUUCUCCUCGCUGGGUACCAUAACCCAGACCACCCAAACAAAGUGCUAAGCCAUCCUGCGGAUGUCUUGCAUCGUCGCCGCCUAUUCUGGCAAGCCUAUGUCCUCGAUCAUGAUCUCAUGCUUCGCAUCGGCAAGCCGCCUCUCAUCAGCGAUGACUUCCUCCUGGAACUUCCUGAGGAGUUUCCAGCCGACGGAUACGGAGUGUACUACUAUCCCGGCGAUGUUACGCUCAGCUACUUCCACCAGCAGGUUCGCCUGUCCCAAAUCCAAGGGCACAUCUACUCAAAGCUCUACUCCCAGGGCGAGGAGAUAAUGUCGGCUGCUGCAUUAGAGUCUACAAUUGCACAGCUAGAUGCAGAAUUGCAGGACUGGUGGACAGGGGUUCCGGAAUUGAUCCGCCCUAAGCCGCAGAUGGACUUACUGGAUGCUGAUUACACCAAGUUGAUGAGUCUUACCGUGUUGAACUUCAUGUAUUUUCAACUGGUUGUCGCUAUUCACUCUGCAGCUUUUCGGUUGCCGCUUCUCGACGAGGAUGACGAUGGUCUGCGACCGAGUGUUGCUUUGUGCGUAAACGCCGCGAGGGCAGCCAUCGCAUUGUUGAAGCACCAGCAAUUGCAGCAUCCAUUCACUAUUUAUCUGUUGUACCAGGUGGCCUGGAGCGUCGACAUCCUGUUUGUAAACAUCAUCGAAAACAAAACCUCGACAACAGCCCUGCAAGACCUGGAGCUCAUUAAAAUGGUUAUCAACUUCUUUGAGAGCUAUGACCCGAAUUACCAGACGGUGGCUUCGUACCAUAUCAUCAAGGUUUUGGGCAUCGAGACGAUGUAUCGCAUUGAUCUUGAGCUGCCCAAAGGAUCAACGUACGAAAUGGGCGAUAUUCUGAAGAUAAUCCCACCAAACAUUCAACAGGUUGGUGACGGUUUUCCCCAAUGCAUGACGAACGUACGCAAUAGCAUGGCUAUUUCUGGGGGCACCGUCCUAUUUUCAGAGGCCGAUAUGUGUCAACCUACGACCCUCGAGCAACUCGAGGGUUUGAUUCAAUCUUGUACCGACGAUCAUGAUAGAGCGACAUUCCAGGCGGCCAGAAAGAGCUUCGGCGGAGCGCCGAACCAUCUAAUACCGUCCGUCUUACAGCUCUUCGAAGGAUAUCCCAGUAUCAUGAUUCAAGCACAUCAACUAAGUGCCAUACUGCCGGAACUGUCACCUCGAUCGUAUUUCAUUUCAUCAUCGCCACUCGAAUCACCAUCCUCAUGCUCGCUGAUCUGCUCCAUGGCCAUCCGCAAGACCCGUGGUCUGAGUAAUGAGGACGGCGACACCUCGAUUAGCAUGGCGUCACAUUAUCUUUCUCAACUAAGCACGGGCGACCCUGUGGCCUGCAGCGUAGAAGCAUUCAAUACGCGCUUUCGACCACCCACAGAAUUGAGCACACCGCUCAUCAUGAUUUGCGAUGGGGUCGGUAUCGCCCCUUUCGUUGGAUUUGUAAUGCAUCGAGCUGAGCAGCUACGCCGACGCCCAGCUUUGUGGGACAUCAUUGCACCAGCUUUGCUAUUCGUUGGCUGUCAAGGUUUGGAUGAGUCGAUUUAUGUCUCAGAACUUGGUAGCAGUGGGGUCGUCGAUCUGCGGUACGCAUUGUCUCAUGGAGCUGGAAACGACUUCACAGGCGAUGUACAGGAUAGGGUCUGGGCCGACCGCCGGGACGUCAUGAAGCUAUGGAACAUGGGAGCGAAGUUCAACAUGGGCAACACGAUUUCGAUGUUUUUCCCUCCGUCUCCCACCUUCGUGGAGACCGAUGUACCGAAUCAAGCACGACGAGUUUUCAUCGUCACAGGAGGCUAUUCUGGGGUUGGCUAUGAGCUAAGCCGCAUGAUUUGGCAACGCGGCGGUACUGUCUACAUCGCAGGCCGAGAUGAAGUCAAGGCGCGCGAAGCCAUUUCUGCCAUUGAGAAAGAUACGACGACAGAUUCAAUCGUGGGCGGCUUGCGAUUCUUGAAAGUGGCUCUCGAUGAUUUUGUUAGUAUCAAGGCUGCAGCCGAGAAGUUCUUGGCGGAAGAGGAACGCCUCGAUGGGCUUUUCAACAACGCUGGGGUCUCCAAUCCUCCCGCCGGCUGGGUAUCAGCGCAAGGUCAUGAAAUGCAGCUCGCAACCAACUGCCUCGGGCCCUACUUUCUCACGAAGCUUCUAAGUCCGCUCCUCAUCUCAACGGCCAGAGCCGCUGAAACAAAUGGGUCGGUCCGUGUCUUAUUCACCACUUCAAUCGCCACGCAACUCGGCGCACCAGAUGGCGGGAUAGAUGUGAACAAACUUCUCGCGCCGACAAAUGACCAGCAGGUCAACUAUGCCCUCUCAAAGACAGGCAACUGGCUUCUAGCAGACCAUUUUGCCAAAGAGCUGGGUCCUCGUGGUGUUGUCAGUUUGGUCCUGAACCCGGGAAACCUGAAGACCCCACUUCUUCGUCACUUCCACUGGGGUGUCGGGGCUUUGGUCUCGCCCCUGCUGUAUCAUCCUCGAUUCGGAGCUUACACAAACCUCUGGGCUGGUUUUUCGCCAGACGUUACGCUUGAGGAUGGGGGACGUUGGGUUGAGCCAUGGGGUCGCUUCCACCCAAACCCUCGCGCAGACAUCAUCAAUGCGAUGAAAACCAAGGAGGAAGGGGGGACAGGGCAGGAAGCCGCGCUGAUCAAAUUUUGCGAGAGGGCCAUAUCUGACUAUUCUUGA